AUGCUAUAUUUAUGUAAAAAUUGUUGUAUUUUAAUAUUUGAAAUCGGAAUGAACUUAAAUAAAAUUACUCAUAUAGAUAUCUUUGCUUUAAAAUCGAGACAAUAUUUUUAUUUUCAGAGAAAUUUUACAAGAUAUUUAUUAAAAAAUACUGAUAAUAAUGUGAUAUUAAGAAAAAUUGAAAAAGGACAUUUUUAUAUAAAAAUAUUAAAUAACGUUUUUUUUUUUCGUCAAAAAAGUACAAAUAUUUCAAAAUGUGAAUAUAGAAUAACACCUUUAUAUUUGAUUACUUUUACUUGUCAAAGGUUGUGUUCAAAUAGAACAACACAUAGAAUGACAAAACAAGCAUAUCAUAAUGGUACUGUGAUCAUUCAAUGUCCUCAAUGUAAAAAUUAUCAUUUAAUUUCUGAUCAUCUUAAAAUAUUCUCUGAUAAAAAUAUUACUAUAGAAGAUAUUAUGAAAGAAAAAGGAGAAGAAGUGCGCAGAUUUUAUGGAGAUUUUACAGAUAAUCAGAGUGUGGAAUUUAUGAAUGAUAAUAUUCAGUUUUUUUUAUCACGACCAAAAAAUGAAUGA